GCAGAAGACAUGACAGCAGUGACCUCUUCAUGAUGGCUGCUACUUGUUUGAGCUGUGCUAAUGUACUUUAGUCCAUGUUUAAAGAUAAGUGUAUAGUACAAUAACACAAACUAUUUCACAGCUUCUUGUUUUAAUGUUCCACUCCACCUUAAAUGCAUUCUCACCCUUUCAGCAGGCUGCAGACACCACAAUGCAACUGCUGCACUAUUAAGGUGGAACAGAACAUUUAGAACAGAGGUGCUCAAUCCUGGUCCUGGAAAUCUACCAUUCUGGACAAUUCAGAUCCAACAGACCUGGCUCUAAUGCUCAGAUGCUCCUGAAGGGCUUCAUUACCUGGAUCAGGUGUGUAAGAUUAGAGUUGGAGCUAAACUCAGCAAGGUGUUACAUCUCCAGGAGCAUGACUGGGCACCCCCGAUUUAGAUCAAGAAGCUGCUGAGUACGAGGCCAAAUUCAGUAGCAGAUCUGAGUGCACGUGGCGAAGCUGAUGAAUCCAGAUGUGUCUCUGAGCUAACUCUCACGCGAUGUCCCGCCGCGCGCACGUGCUACUCCACCUGGUGGCGCGCGUGAUGAUAAGAGCUCGCGCUCACAUCCCGAGAAGCCGCGCGGACCUGCAGUCCUUCCUGCUGGACUUCAUUCACGGAGCGAGCCCUCACAGCGCUGCCUGUGUGAGGAGGAGGACCCUCAGAGAGGACGCGGUGAGGGUCCUGCUGGAGAGGAGCGCCCACACCGGCCUGACCAUCACAGCCAGCCCCGGGAUUGUAGGUCACAUCACCCCUCUUGCGUUCUUGGCCCAGUGGCGCUGUUCCAGGGUCCUAAAGCAGCUGUUCCAGUGUGGCCACCUGGAGCGCGAGAGCCGGCCCUCAAACGUCCUCCUGUCCAUCCUCUUCAGCCCUCCUCGCCUGGAGGAGGCGCCGGACAAGCGGAGCCACACACAGGUCGUUAAAGACAUUGAAGACUGCAUGGCCCUCUGCUUCAGAGUGCUCACCCACAUCUCCAUCGCUGACAUAGAGGUCAUUCAUGGCUGUUCUCCUCUGCUGGAGGACUGGAGGGUCUUUAUCCCACCCAGCCGCUACCAGCAGCCCUGCGAACUGACCCACCUGUGCCGCGUGGCCAUCAGACGGACUCUUAUGCUUACAGGAGGCUUGCCGGACAGCAUAAAGACUCUGCCUCUACCCACUUAUCUGAAGAACUAUCUUAAUCUAGAACACUGACAGGUCCUUCACAUCACCAGGGGGAGCUCUGCCACUGAGAAACUUGUUAAUAGGUUGAUUAAAGUCAGCAUGACACCAAAAUUAACCUGCUAGAUGUCCUGGGUUGGAUUAAGUGUGAUGUUUCAUUUAAAAUGCUAUAGUCCUGUUUUUCCAUAAACUUCCAUCUAAAUGUACUGACUUUAGCCCCGCC